ACGCACAAUACAUUCAAAGUUUAAACCCUAGCCCCGACUUCUCGUAAAAUCUCCCAAUCGAAUACCUAUUUUUCAAUCUCCGUACGCUAAUUCUACACCGCGGAUACGCAUAUAUAUACGUCGCCGGCCGUUUCUUUGGCGGAAGUUUGUAAUUUUCCGACGAGCGCAUAUCAGUUCAUGUUUUCAACUCAGUGAAACCUACCAAUUUGGCUUUGCCGGUGCAGUUCAUGGUGUCUGCGGCUUUAGGCGGUCGUAAUGAACUAAAUUGGACUCAGUCCGGUGAAUUAAUGGGGAAAGUACCACACUCUCGUCCUCAUUUGAAAUCGAACUCUAAUUCUAAUCCAAAGAAGAAACAGAAACAAUCGCAUCCCGUAGCUAACGGCUCCUACAAUGAUGACGCGAAUUUAUUCAAUCAACCGCUGAAGGAUUCCAAUGGCGUCAGUCUGGGAAACUCUCAAACGUACAACAUCCAGUCUUACACCAAGUCCGAGCUAGUUGAGCUUAGGAAGCGGCUGAUUGCGGAGCUUGAGCAGGUCCGAAACCUCAGAGAGCGAAUUGAGUCGGGUCAAUUCAGUACCAGCACUGCUAAACCAAGACCUCCAGGGAAGUCUAAGAGAUUAUCCGGGAACGAGAAUAUAUCAAAUGGUUUUAACGGUAUGACUUCUGGUCUAGUUUGUGGUGGCAUUGGUGUUGCAGAGAUGGGGAAAAUGAUGAAGGAAUGUGGACAUUUGUUGUCGAAGUUAAUGAAGCAUAAAAUUGCCUGGAUUUUCAAAACCCCUGUAGAUGCCGCAGCCCUGGGUCUUCAUGAUUAUCAUCAGAUUGUUAAGAACCCAAUGGAUUUGGGCACUGUGAAAUCUAAUUUGUCAAAGAAUAUCUAUCCGACUCCAGUUGAAUUUGCUGCUGACGUGAGGCUGACUUUUAAUAAUGCGUUGCUGUACAACCCUAAAACGGAUCAAGUUCAUGGAUGGGCUGACCUUCUUCUCUCCAGAUUUGAGGAGUUGUUUAGACCUAUACAAGAUAAGCUUUCUAAACUUGUGCCUGAAAGAAAGGUAAACUUAGGCAUUGACGAGCUUCAUAACAGUUUUAGGAAUCACAUUCCUGUCCCUGAAAUUUCUAAGAAGCCAAAGGCUGCUCCAAUCCCACGGGUCUCAAAGCAGCAAGAGAUAUUGCCAAUUCAAUCGAGUGCUUCAACACAUUCAGUUCCACCACCUCAAAUCCACCCGCCCUCACAUGUGGAUCAGCCAGUUCAAGAAAAAGUGGCAAUUGUGAAGCAGCCAAAGCAAAGGGCUAAAAGUACAAUAAAAAGGGAGAUGACUAUGGAGGAAAAACAUAAACUUGGGUUUGGGUUGCAGAACUUACCUGAAGAUAAGAUGCCACAGUUGGUACAAAUUAUAAGAAUGAGGAAUGGGAACAUGGCUGAAGAUGGUGAUGAAAUUGAGCUGGACAUUGAGGCUUUAGACACAGAGACACUCUGGGAGCUUGAUCGCUUUGUAAACAACUGUAGAAAGGUGGAGAGCAAGACAAACAGAGAAGCUUUUGAUAAUUCUGUUCCUACUUCCAAUGCUGAUGAGGCUGCUGUAGUUGAUAAGAGUGAUCCAGUGGAAAAUAAUCCUAAACUUGUUGAAUUGGGGGAAGAAGAUAUCGAUAUAGGUGAUGAUAUGCCUGAUGCCAGCUUUACCCCUGUUGAAAUCGAGAAGGAAGAUGUUGUUGCUUCCCGAGAGCCUGAUAACCACAGCAGUAGCUCUAGCAGUGAAUCAUCUUCUUCUAGUGGUAUUUCUCUUUGUGAGAGCAGUUUGAUGUUCAAUUGAUGCUGCUUGACAUUAGGAACAACCUUUUCUUCAGUGUGACAUUAUAUCCAAUAUAUUUACAGGUUCUGAUUCCGGAAGUUCUUCUGGUAGUGACUCAGAUCAUGAUGAUGCACAGUCGUGACUCUCUCAGCUAUGAUUAGUCUGAGGUUGUAUUGAGCUUCACCGCUUGAGGAUCUUGUUUGCUUCUCCCGCGUAUACCUUCUCUAUUUGUGGUGUUAGCAAACAUGGUAGGUAUUAGGAAAUUCUAAAAAAAUCUUCCUUACCUAACCUAUAUGUAUUCAAUAUUUUCUGUCUCCAAGUAUGUUAGAUGGAUAUAAUUGACAAUAAUAUUGGUAAAAGUUAAUACUACUAAUGAAAAUGUAAAAAAAAAAGUAUUUCUUUACUGAUAGAAAAUAUGGCGGAGAUUUAUUAUGAACCUAUUUGUAUAUAGGGUGACAAUGUAGUUUAUGUGUUAAAGUAUUUAUUUAUGUACUUUGAAAUUUUAUGUUUACCUUCCCAUUCGAAUAUCUAAGUUCAUAUUUCCGCAAAUUCCGACUUUUUACAUGUAUUACCAUUGGGUAAAGGGGAUUAAUAAUUCUUUCAAUUUGCAUCUCUAUUAGAGCGAUGGACUGAAGAGUUGUUUGAACUUUUUCUCAGGAAGAUGGGAAUUUCCAGAUUGACAAUUAACGCGGAAAGUUGAAAAUGUAAAUGCAAUGCUUAGGUUGGCAUUCCCGACUUGAAGAACUUUGCAGGGCAGUUGAAAUAUGAAACAAAGAUAAUGGUUUUGUGUACUUGAAAAGAUGUAAUACUAAAUACCACUCUAAAAGCCUUGUUUUUAAACGUAACUUUUUUUUUGUAAAUGUAUUUCUUCAUUUCUUGGAUGUGCCGAGUUUUGUUCCCUUUGUUGCAACCCUCGUUCCAAUUAUAUCCCUCUCGAUCAAGGGUUGUUGAGAACUUUUUCAUAUCAAAUUUCAAUUUUAAAAUUUCAUGGUUUAGAAAUUAGAAGUAGUGCAAAGGGUAUAUCCGUAUAUAUGUAUUUCAAUGGGUUAGGUACUUAGGUUUGGAUUAAAAUUGUCAACGGCAAGAGUCAGUCGAUUUUACACAUGAACUCAUAACAAGUACGCGGAUGGUAUUAUAAUUGACAAGCACUUAAUAUGUAACAUAAAUAGAUACCCGUGCAGGUUAUUGAAGUGGUUUGUAAUUUCUGGAUUCUUAUUGCAACUCUGUUAUUUACAUUGUCCAGAUAUUAUUGUAAUAUAGUUUUCUCAUUUUAUGUUUUACGUAGUACUAGUAUAUAAACAUGUUAGAUAUCAGAAUGUAUGCCUUCAAAAGUACUUGUCAUAAGUUUUACUUGUACAUAAAUCAAUAUACUAAUCUGAGCGGUCGAGUGGUUGCAAAUAAAAAAAAGAUCACGAGCUCG